AUGAGGACGUCCAAGAAGGGAAGCGUGGAGAUGCCCGCCUUCGUCAGGCAGCUGGUCAAAGAGACUGAGAAGAGGGUCAGCUCGUUCUUCAAGGGGGGGCGGGGAGGAGCGGCCGAGGGGGAGCGCCCCGUCGACGGGGAGAAUGAGAAAGAGGAGGCGCUUCCCAGCCCUUACCUGGACAGGCCCGUGCUGGACAAACUGAGCGAGGAGGGCUGCGUCCGCUGGGGUCUCACCUACGCCCUGUCCAGCAUGCAAGGAUGGAGAGCCAACAUGGAGGACUACCACAACUGCGUGCCUCAGCUCGGGGGGGAACUAGCCGAUUGGAGCUUCUUCGCCGUCUUCGACGGGCACGCGGGCGGCACGGUGGCGCGGCACUGCUCGCAACAUCUUCUGGGGCACAUCCUGGCCACAGGUGGUCUGGGGCCUGAAGAUGACCCCGACAGGGUAAAAGGGGCCCUGACGGAGGGUUUCCUGCAAACGGACAAGCACCUGCACACCGUGGCCCGCCGAGAAGGAUGGGAACGAGGCGGCACCACCGUCGUGGCCGCUCUCAUCUCGCCCUGCAACAUCUACUUGGCCAACUGCGGCGACUCCAGGGCCGUCUUGUGCCGCUCGGCUCAGGUGCGCUUCUCCACCGAGGACCACAAACCUUACAGCCCCCUGGAAAAAGAGCGCAUCGAGAGCGCCGGCGGAUCCGUGUCCCUCCAACGCAUCAACGGCUCCCUGGCCGUCUCCCGGGCCCUGGGCGACUUUGGCUACAAAGGGGCGGAGAACAGGACGCCCAACCAGCAGAUGGUGUCGCCCGAGCCGGAGGUGAGCGUGCUGGAACGUUCGCCGGCCGACGAGUUCCUGGUGCUGGCCUGCGACGGAGUGUGGGACGCCAUCGGCAACGAGGACCUCUGCGCCUUCGUCCGAAACCGGCUGCUGGUCUGCACCGACCUGAGGGACGUCUGCUCGCAGGUCAUUGACCUCUGCCUCUAUAAGGGCAGCCUGGACAAUAUCAGCAUCAUUCUGCUGUGCUUCCCCGGCGCUCCCCAGCUGUCCACCGAGGCGUUACACCAGGAGGCCGAGCUGGAGGAUCUGCUGGAGUCCAAAGUAGCAGAGAUUUAUGAUGAGCUAUGUGCCAGAGGGGAAGAUCCUGAUUUGCUGGCUGUCCUCACAAUUCUCGCAUCUGCAGUCAUCCCGGGAUUACCACCAGGGGGCGGCAUUCAGAGCAAGUGA